AAAACCAGAGCACAGAGACUGGAAUGGUUUUGAAUUAGAUAUGGUAACUUCCCAUAAGUUCAUAAGCUGCCACUAUGCCAUCUCGGUAUAGAAUUGCAUUAUCGGGAGUUUGCGGAAUCAUGUCUCAUUUUAAUAUCUCUUUCCCUCGAUUAUUGCUCAAACACAAAAUCAUAUCCUAUUUAGUAUUCAAAAGAUCAAAUGGCGUUCCAAUCUCCGGCUAAGACCCUUACAUAAUCAUGACUUAUCAGUGACGGUGGGUGGUGGGGCAGCCACAUGCCAUCAUUAUGAUCGCAAGAACCGAGCAAAGCCUGUAUUAAUCUGCCUCCUUUUUUCUUUAACCCCAAACCUCACCUCCCAACUACUUUAUCUUCCUCAUCUGAUCUCUCUGCCACUCCUUUCUCUGCUGUAAUGGCAGAAACCGGAGGUCAAACAAGUCAACAUAACCCCACGUGGCCGGAACUCCUGGGUAGCGACGACUGGGAAGGUUUGCUUCAGCCUCUCCACCUUGACCUUCGCAACCUCAUCCUCCGCUCCGGCGAUCUAAUUCAGGCCACCUACGACGCCUUCAACAACGAUCCCAACUCUCGCUUCUGCGGCUCCAGCCGCUACGGCAAGAAGUCCUUCUUCCGAAAGGUCAUGUUCGACCGGCCCGAUGACUAUACCGUCGCGUCUUUUCUUUACGCCACCGCUAGAGUCAGUGUUCCAGAGGCUUUUCUUCUCAAGUCCAUGUCUAGGGAGUCCUGGGACCGUGAGUCUAACUGGAUCGGUUUCAUCGCCGUCACCUCCGACGAGGUCAGUGCCGCCUUGGGCCGCCGUGAAAUCUACAUCGUCUGGCGCGGGACGACUCGGAAUUACGAGUGGAUCGAUGUCAUGGGGGCUGAACCCGACUCUGCUAAAGCUCUGUUAAGCCCUCGAACCCUCGAAGAGCUCCAAAUCAGCCCUGGAGAUGAAGGCUCUUCUAGCAGUGACGAUGAUGAUGAUGAACACGGGAAAAUCCCCAAAGUGAUGAGGGGUUGGCUAACGAUAUACGUCUCCGAAGACCCAAAAUCGUCGUUUACCAAAACAAGUGUCAGAACUCAAAUUCAGAGCAAAGUUAAACACUUGCUGAAUCUUUACAAAGACGAAAACCCAAGUGUGAUUCUGGCCGGGCAUAGUCUAGGAGCAAGCUUAUCGAUUCUUUGCGGGUUCGACCUGGUCGAAAAUGGAGUCACCAACGUCCCUGUAUGUGCUUUCGUGUUCGGGUCUCCUCAGGUCGGAAACACAGCAUUCAACGAGAGGUUCAAGAAAUUUCCCAAUCUGAAGGUUUUGCACAUAAAGAACAAGAUCGAUCUCAUCCCACAUUAUCCAGGAAGGUUACUGGGGUACGUAAAUACAGGAGCAGAGCUGGAGAUUGACACUAGGAAAUCGCCAUUCUUGAAGAACUCGAAGAACCCUAGCGACUGGCAUAAUUUGCAGGCGAUGCUUCACGUGGUGGCGGGGUGGAACGGGAGUGAGGGUGAGUUUGAGAUGAAGGUGAAGAGAAGCUUGGCUUUGGUGAACAAAUCGUGUGAGUUCUUGAAGGAAGAGUGCAAAAUUCCUGGGUCGUGGUGGGUGGAGAAGAACAAGGGCAUGGCUCGCCGGCAAGACGGAGAAUGGGUUUUGGACUUGCCGGAGGAGGAGGACCUUCCUGUUCCCGAAGAUCCAUAAAGCAUCCAUCCUUCUCAAAAAUGGAGACGCCACACUUUUUGUGAAGGUGGUGCGUUAUAGUCAGGGUACGUGGGGACGGCAUUGAACAUCAUUUUACCUUAGUUUUUAUCGUCCUUGUAUGUGUAGGCAGUUUUAUAGGAUCUUCAUGUUGGAGUGGGCAUUGUCAUUUUGAUGUCUUUUUUAAAUAAAAAAAAUUAUCAGGAAUAAUA